AUGCACGGAGAUGCGGCGUUCUCUGGUGAGGGCGUAGUGAUGGAAACGUUCAAUCUGGAUGAUUUACCUAGCUACACUACUCACGGCUGUAUCCACGUCGUAGUCAACAAUCAAGUCGGCUUCACCACUGACCCCAGGUUUUCGCGCUCGUCGCCAUACUGUACUGAUGCUGGCCGUGUUGUCGGAUGCCCGAUUUUCCAUGUGAAUGCUGAUGAUCCAGAAGCUGUGAUGCAUGUAUGCAAUGUGGCUGCUGAAUGGAGAAAAACAUUCAAGAAGGAUGUUAUCAUCGACCUGGUCUGCUACAGAAGACAUGGCCACAAUGAACUCGAUGAACCGAUGUUUACUCAGCCACUUAUGUAUCAAAAAAUCAAGCAACAUCCAAUAGCUCUUGACAAAUACAAGGAGCACAUCAUCAGUGAAGGUGUUGCAGAUGAGCAAUACGUAAAGGAAGAACUAACCAAGUACGGUCAAAUCCUGGAAGACGCCUACGAAAAUGCUCAAAAGGUUACGUAUCUGAGAAACCGCGACUGGCUGGAUUCUCCUUGGGAUGGUUUCUUCAAAAAACGUGAUCCUCUCAAGUUAGUCAGCACUGGUAUCGAAGAAGAUAAAAUCAAACAUAUCAUUGAGAAGUUCGGUUCCGUUCCUGAAGGAUUCCAUUUGCAUCGUGGUCUUGAACGAAUCCUUAAAGGACGUAAGCAGAUGUUGCAGGAAAACUCGGUUCGUUGGUUUUUGUGA